CAUGUUUCUUCUGACUUCAGUCUUGGUAGCAGUUGUCUUCCUUUUGAUGGUGUGGAUCUUUCAAAAUGCUGAUGGAGGCACCCAGAGGAGGAAGGGGGAGCCUAGAGCCAGGGCGGAGGCUCGCCCCUGGGUGGAUGAAGACUUGAAAGACAGCACUGACGUCCACCAGUUGGAAGAAGACGCUGACGAAUGGCAAGUGUCAGAGGAAGAGGUGGAACACAUCCCAUUCUCCCACACCCGGUAUCCUGAGAAGGAAAUGCUUAAGAGAUCCCAGGAAUUUUAUGAACUUCUCAAUAAGAGACGGUCUGUUAGAUUCAUAAGUAAUGAGCAAGUCCCGAUGGAAGUGAUUGAUAAUGUCAUCAAAGCAGCAGGAACAGCCCCAAGUGGGGCCCACACAGAGCCCUGGACCUUUGUGGUUGUGAAGGACCCAGACGUGAAGCAUAAGAUUCGGGAGAUCAUUGAGGAGGAAGAGGAAAUAAACUACUUGAAGAGGAUGGGACCUCAAUGGGUUUCAGACCUGAAGAAACUGAGGACCAACUGGAUUAAGGAGUACUUGGACACAGCGCCUGUUUUGAUUCUCAUUUUCAAACGAGUACACGGUUUUGCUGCAAAUGGCAAGAAAAAGAUCCACUACUAUAAUGAGAUCAGUGUUUCCAUCGCGUGUGGCAUCCUCCUAGCUGCCCUGCAGAACGCGGGACUGGUGACUGUCACGACCACUCCUCUCAACUGUGGCCCCCGUCUGAGGGUGCUCCUGAACCGCCCUGCAAAUGAAAAGCUGCUAAUACUGCUCCCUGUGGGGUACCCCAGCAAAGAGGCCAUGGUGCCUGACCUCGCACGGAAGCCUCUGGAUCAGAUCAUGGUGACCGUGUAG